UACCCUUCAGUCAAUAGCGAGGGAGGAAAUCUAUCUAUGUGUGAAAAGUGGAUUGGGUGUAUAAACACUUAGAGACAUUCUUUAAAAUCAAGGAUAGUGCAACUGGAAGAGGACUCUACUGCUACAGUUCUCAGCCUCAGCAAUGUGGAAGACAAUUCUUCUGGUUUGUCUUGCGCUCUGCACUUGUCAGGCUGGAAAGAGUCCGCUUUUCCUAGCUACAUUCCCAGUUGAAGUCAAAGCGGGCACCGAAUCCAACCUGUGCACCAGUAUCUUUCACUCCACUGAGGCACUGAGUCUGACCUUCUUGCUGAAAGACAAUGACCAGAGUAGAGUGCUAUUCAACGGGACUGUUGAGCAGGACUUUCACCAGUGCAUUCAGUUCCAGGCACCCCUUGUGCAGAGAUGGACGACACAGUUCAUUGAGGUGGAACUCAAAGGAACAAACUUUCAACUGACGGACAAAAAAGAAAUACGUUUUGUGCCCAAGAGCACCCUAACUUUCAUACGGACUGAUAAACCUUUCUACAAACAGGGACAGACAGUGCAUUUCAGAAUUUUCAGCAUGGACACAGACUUGAAUCCCGUUAAUCAACGGUAUAACCUUGUGGAGUUGAAGAAUUUUUACGGCUACGUAGUUGCACAGUGGCGCAACACCACCAGCAAUGGCAAGUUUUUGCAGCUCUCCUACCCACUGAGUUCGAAUGCGCCCCUGGGAGAGUACCAUGUGAUUGUCCACACUGACGGAGAAAAGACAGAGGAAGACUUUACAGUCAAAGAAUAUGUUAUCCCCAGGUUUCAAGUAAAGGUGGAUGCACCUUCGAGUAUCAACAUCAUAGAAAAAUUUCUGACAGUUGGAGCAUGUGCCAGCUACACCUACGGAAAACCUGUGGCUGGCAUGGCAAUGCUGAAGUUGUGUCGAGAUCAUAUGUAUCAGAGCUUCGAUCCUAAUGUCACUUCAGUGUGUCAUGAGGAAUUUGUCAAGUUGAAUGAAUCUGGAUGUGCCACCCAUAUAUUCACCAUGACCCAUUUUACUGAGAAUAGGAGCGAAAACCUUGAAAAUUCACUGUCUCUCACUGUAAAAAUAGAGGAUGGAGGAACAGGUGUCAUUUUAGAAAAAUCUGCUUCUAUAAAUCUGGAAUGUAAAAUUGGACAGAUAAUUAUAGAAUUACCGAAAGAGUUUAGAAAUGACUCCAUCGUUGAGGGAAAGAUCAAAGCACUGUACUAUAACAACACCCCCAUUGCCAAUAUGUCAGUCUCUCUGUCAUCCUGGUCCAUUAACUGGUUUCAGACUGUAAUUUCUGACAUAAAUGGCAUAGCUUCCUUCUCCAUAAAUACAACUGGUUUGCCUGAAGUCUCUCUGUGGGCAAAUCCACACACUGAGCACAGUUUUCCUUCAAUUAGUUGCCCCUAUGUGGAAACUUCCGGUUCUACUCUGUAUUCUCCCCGUCGUGAGGCUGAAGUAUCUCAGGCAUCCCCGGUAUCCCACAGCACCCUGACCAUCCAGCUAGUACAGGGUGUAUCACCAUGUGGGAAGGAGCAACAGUUCACGGUUCUGUAUACCAUCUUUAGGGAGAAGGCAGAGGAAGGCCCUGUGAAUUUGCUGUACUUGGUGUUGUCUAAAGGAAACAUCGUUCAUCAUGGCCAUGUGGCAGUCCCCUUCCAGGACAGCAAUGUGAUACAAGGCCAGGUGUCCUUCAAAGUCCUUGUGACCCCUGACAUGGCUGAUGAACCUCGGCUCCUGGUAUAUGCUCUGCUUCCCAGCAAGAAGUUGGUAGCUGACAGCAUAAUCUUUUACCCAGAGAACUGCUUCAGAAAUAAGGUUUCCUUGCAGUUUUCAUCAGACCAGGCUGUUCCUGGUGAGGAGGUUGUCCUUCAGCUGAAGGCCUGGGCCGGUUCUUUGUGCGGCCUCACAGUUUUGGAUCAGAGUGUAACGCUAAUGGAUCCAGAGAAGACUUUGACCGCUAAAAAGAUCUUUGGAAAGAUACCAUAUCAAAGUAUACGACGAUACUCUCUGGAUCCGUAUGAAGGUUGUGUUCAUGUAAGACUGAGACGCUCUGCACACUCUGAAGUGCUUGAUGAUUUUUCAGCAAAUGCUCUUAGUUUGUUUCAGAACCUGGAACUAAACACUCUGACCAACUUGCCUAAGCCCCUUCCACGUUGCUUAAUAUUUAAUGGAAAAAUAUUUCAGCGUUCAAAUGAGUUUCAUGUAAGGGAUCAAUGGGAAGGUUCCACCCAUUUGUACCACAAUACUGACAAUAAGGCACGGGCAUUUUUCCCCGAGACAUGGCUUUGGGAUCUCGUGGAGGUGGGGGAAUCUGGAUCCACCAUGAUCCCUCUCAAAGCCCCUGACACCAUCACUUCCUGGGAGACAGAGGUAAUCUGCCUGUCUGGCAAGGGGGUGGGCCUGGCAGCCCCCUCAAAACUCACUGUCUUCCAGCCUUUCUUCCUGGAACUCACCUUACCUUACUCCAUCGUCCGUGGGGAGCUCUUUGAGCUCAGAGCAACUGUCUUCAACUUUGAGCCCAAGUGCAUCAUGGUGACGGUCAUGGUAGCCACAUCCACAGACUACACUCUUAAACCCAUGGCCGACAGUGAAUAUUCCACCUGUGUGUGCCAGUGGAAGACAUUCCGCUGGACAUUGAUUCCCUCAGUACUUGGGUCUGUCAAUGUCAGUGUGACAGCAGAAGCUGUGCAGUCCCAGACGAUAUGCGAUAAUGAAGUGGUCAGUGUUCCGGAGAAAGGCCGUAUUGACACGGUGACUCUCCCCCUGCUAGUAAAGGCUGAAGGGACUGAAAAGUCAGUCAAUCAUGGAUGGCUGCUCUGUCCAAAUGGAACAUCACUGAAGGAAGAAAUCCAUCUGCAGUUUCCAGCCAAUAAGGUGGAGGGUACUGGCUACGCCUCCCUGUCUGUCCUUGGGGAUAUCUUGGGCCGAGCUCUGCAGAACCUGGAUGGAAUGCUGGCCAUGCCAUAUGGCUGUGGUGAGCAGAACAUGGCGUUGCUGGCUCCCAACAUCUAUAUACUAGAGUACCUGAGAACCACGCAGCAGCUGACCCCUGCCCUGCUCCAGCAGGCUACCCAGUUCCUCAAAAUUGGCUAUCAGAGACAAAUGAUGUACCAGCAUAGCAAUGGGGCAUUCAGUACCUUUGGUGACGAAAGCACACAGAACAGUUGGUUAACGGCAUUUGUAAUGAGGUCCUUUAACAGAAUGCAGUCAUUUGUUUACGUCGACCCCAAAUUGAUCAAUGAAGCCAGGAAAUGGUUAGAAAGGAAACAGAAAAAGGAUGGUUGUUUCCAAACUGUGGGGAAACUUUUCAACAACAGAAUGAAGGGUGGAGUUACAGAUGAUGUGACCAUGACUGCCUACAUCACUGCAGCCCUGCUGGAGAUGAACAUGUCUGUGUCCGAGCCUGUGUUGACCAAAAGCCUGGCAUGUCUGCGGAAUGCCACUAGUGAUCUGUCCAGCACAUAUACCACUGCUCUACUGGCCUACACCUUCAGCCUUGCCAGGGAGACAGAAAUUCGCCAUCAGCUCUUGGAACAUCUUAAUGCUGUGGCAUCCAAUGAAGGUGGAUUCCUGUACUGGUCCCCACCCAGCUCUGAUGCCUCCUCAUCACUGUCAGUCGAGAUGAGCUCCUAUGUGCUGCUGGCUGUCCUGAACCACACCCCAUUAUCCUCUUACGACCUAGGCCAGGCUGCCCGUAUCGCUGGCUGGCUGGUCAGGCAGCAAAACUCGCAGGGAGGCUUCUCUUCCACACAGGACACAGUGGUGGCUCUGCAGGCUCUAUCAUUUUAUGCUACCCUGACCUACAACCCUGAGGGCUCCGCCACCGUUGCCGUGCAAUCCUCGGACAAGGAGUUGCACCGGUUUGAGGUGGACCAGAGCAACAGGCUGCUCAACCAAGAGAGGGUGCUGCACCAUAUCCCGGGGCAGUACACCAUCGAGGCACAGGGCACAGGCUGCGUUUCUGUGCAGAUAGUGCUCCACUACAACAUCCCUCCUCCAACUGAUGUUUCUGUCUUUGAUGUCAAGGCACACAUAGAAGGCAACUGCACCAGCAGCCGUAGGAGAGUGCUUCACCUCCGUGUGAAAUAUAAUGGACCAAGGAACAUCACAAACAUGAUGAUUGUGGACGUGUCAAUGCUGUCUGGGUUUGCCCCGGAAAAAGAGUACCUCCAGACGCUGAAGGAAAGCUCAGUGGUGGAUCGCACCGAGAUUGAAAAUGAUCAUGUGAUACUGUAUCUUGAUGGGAUUCCAGAGAAUACACCUAAAAACAUCACAAUUGAACUCCGACAAGAGGUCUUAGUGAAGAAUUUGAAGCCAGCAGUGGUCAAGGUCUAUGACUACUAUCAGACCAGCGACCAUGCCGUAACAGAAUACACCUCAAACUGUGCUCAAGACUAGAAAAAGGAGGAAAACCCAUAACUGUGAGAAGGACAACAGUGUUAUAGGCACUGGUGUUGUGAACAUCCAUCUGGAGCCCACCCAAGCCUCCUCCUGAAGUGUCCAUCUGCUAAAGCUCACUACAUCGGAACUUCUUCUCUAGAAUAACAGCUUUGCUUUUGAAUGUGUAUAAUGUGUAGCCCUCUGUAAAUGUAAUAUCCAUUAGCAUAGCAGACCGUUCAAAAUAAAAUACAGAAAUGAUAUCCAGAUCCAUCCAAAUGAUCAUCCAGAUCAUAAUAUUCUGCAUAUAUUCUGCAUAUCACACUUAGAUAUGAAGCCACAUUUUUAUUAUGAAAGGUCAUAAUAUAUGCAGUAUAUUCCACAAAUCUGUGAACUGCCAUAUGAAACUAAAAGUGAUGUAUACAUUGUCAAUACAUCUUGAAUAUGGGAAAUAUAUUUUAGUG